UCUUUGACUGGGUCUAAAAUGAAAGACGGUAUUUACUUGGUAUUCAUCCAAAAUAAAGUAACAAGCAAUGUAUAAAACGGUAAGAAAAAAACCCCUGCGACUGCGUUGUUGAAGAAAGGAUAUGUAACUUAUAUCAAUGUGUAACUAGGAUCUAACGUCUACCCGAAGCAUACAUUUCACAUCGAUCAACGUUUUUGUUUGUCAUUAUUUAAUUGUCGACAGUAAAUAUUCCAGACUACGAUAUGAACAUUAACAUUGAGUAUAAAUACAGUGUUUUGCUGAGGUUUUUUAAUCUUAAACUGUACAAGAACCAGAAUAUUAAUUCUUCAAAGUAGAUAUUUAAGACUUAAGACAAAACUCUGAAUUUAGUGUUGAAUCCUAAUGACUGGAAGUGGAAGUGCACUUACCACUGGAUUAUAUAUUUCAUGUAUUAAAUAUUUUGUUCUGCAGUUUCCUUCCAUUCCUGAGUUGUACCACCAUACAAUAACAAAUGAUAGAUAGUCCUACAGUGUGUACUGCCACACAAUAAACAAUAAAACGUAUAGCAAAUAUAGAUAGGCCUAUACUGUGUAGCCUACUACUCUACAAUAAGAAACAAUAGAUAGGCCUACAAUAUUUACCAUUGUACAUUAAUAGAUAGGCCUACGUGUGCCACCAUAUACCAUAACACAGUUUACAUAACAAAACAUAGCUUAAUUAUAUAAAAUAAAAGAAUGGACACGCUCACUCACACAACAAGAUACUGUGAUGUGUGUUAUGGCGGUUUAGGAGACAGAUCAUACAGAAUAAUAACCUCAUCCAUGGUCAAUGAAUUUGAUGAAGUUAUAAUUGCGAUUGGAAUGACGCCCACACGGGAAAAAAACACUUAUGCUUGUCAACAUUGUAGCUACAAAAUAAAAAGAAUCAAACAUUAUGAUCAAGUUUUGAAAACCAGGUUGGUUGAGAUAAGAAAAAAGAGAUCAGAAAUAUGUGAAGAUCUCAGACGCAUACAUGUAGAGAAUAAGGGAAAAACGCCAGAAAACCAAAUAAUUACUGUUCAGCGACCAAAUACCUUUGCACAAUCUCAAGUUAAAGGUUUCCGUUGUAUUUUACCUGCGUCAAAUUCGCCCAUUCUGAUGAAGAGUAAUCCUGUGCCUGUUACUGUGAACUUGAACAAUAAUUUAAAUACCAUACCAUGUUCAUCGCCUGUCAAAAGUACAAAAUCCGCAAAUAUAUCAAAGCUAGGUGAAGAGUCACAGCGCGAAGUCAGUCCAGGCUCAAUAAAAAAUUUGAAUUCAUCAGGUUUGGAAAUACCAACAUCGUUGCAGUCUCAAGAACAUUCCAGUUCAAAAAUUGGCAUACAGAAAGAGGUAACAUUUCGGUCAAAAGCUACUCAAGGACAAUCAAACCUAAAAACAGGAAUAAAUGAAGCAAUGACAUUACCAACACAAACUGUUCCAGGACAUCAAAAUCUAGGAAUUGGUAUAAAGGAAGCAAUGACAUUACCAACAUAUCUAAAAAUGGGUAUAAAGAAAGGGAUGACAUUACCAACACAAACUAAACCAAGACAACAAAAUCUUGAAAUUGGUACAAAUGAAGGAAUGACAUUACCAGCACAAACUACACAAGGAAAACCAAAUCCAAAAAUGGACAUAAAGAAAGGAAUGACAUUACCACCUCAAACUAAACCAGGACAACAAAUUCUAGAAAUUGCUAUGAAUAAAGGAAUGACAUUAACAACACCAGCUACUCAAGGACAACAAAAUCUUGGAAUUGGUUCAAAUGAAGGAAUGACAUUACCAACACAAACUACUAAAGGACAACAAAUUUGUGGAAUUGGUACGAAUGAAGGAAUGGCAUUACCAACACAAACUACAUGUGCUCCGGGACAACCAAAUCCAGGAAUUGGUAUAAAGGAAGAUACGGAUAUGGAAUGUGAAGAGGAUGAUAUCAUAAUGCCAAAGAGUAUUAUACAUGUACCUGUGUUGGCAUCAAGCUCAAUUAGCAGGAUGCAGAAUAUUUUACCCUUCUCUCCACCUGAUCCCCAAAACACAACUAAGAAUAAAACAGUACAUUCAGUUACUAUGAACCUCAAAAACAGUUCAAAUCAGCCUUUACCAAUUUCUCCACCCACGAAAGGCUUAGAAUCUUCAAACCAAAUGCCCAUGAAUUUUGCUAUAAACAAAAUUUUGAACUCAUCAAAUUCAUCUGCAGUUGUGUUUCAAGUGACAGAAAGAACACAGACAGAAAAUGGACAAUCUACAUGUAUUUCAUCUCAAACUCAUUUUCUAUUACCAAUGACAUUACCAGCGUCAAGUGCUGUAGGACAACCAAGUAUAGAAGAAAGCACCCCAGAAAAUUCUGGUAUAACAGAAGAGAUGAUUCCAGGACAACCGGUUGUAGGAUCAAACACGAAAGAAGGUCUGGUAAUACCGUUGACUCAAGGACACUCAGAUACAGGAAGUGACAUACACAUAAAGGAAGAAAUGAAAGUAGAAGAGGAUGAUAUUCUAAUGCCUAAAGUUUGUUUUAGUGAAUCCAAUGACAGUAAAAUAUAUAGCCAGGCUGAGGAAACUAAUAAUGCAAUAACAUUUCACCAGUGUGCAAUAUGUAAUGAGAUUUUUCAACAGUAUGCUGAUCUGGUACAGCACAAUAAAGUACAUGUUAAAGAAGAGAAAACAGAUUAUGACAUUGACAAAGAGUGCCAUGCACAGGGUAAAGCUAGUGUUCAUACAUUGCAGCAGUGUAAUUUGUGUGAUAAAAACUUCAAAUCUUCCACUGAUUUAGAGAAACACUGUGAAGUCCACAUGAAGGACGAAGAACUGAAAUCUGUUAAUGAUAAUUCCACAUUAAACAGUUCAAUUUUUUAUAUUGGAGAAAAGCCCUAUAAAUGUGAUGUUUGUAAUAAAUCUUUUCUUCACAAAGGCAGUCUUCAGAGACACACUCCAUUACACACUGGAGAGAAACUUUUUGCAUGUUCUGUUUGUUGUAAAUCUUUCACCAGAAAUUCUAUUCUUCAGGACCACAUGAGAAUUCAUACAGGACAAAGACAAUUUAAAUGUGAUGUCUGUAGUAAAUCAUUUUAUGACAUAAAUGGUUUAAAGCGACAUAAGAGAAUUCAUACUGGAGUGAAGCCUUAUAAAUGUGAUGUUUGUGGUAAAGCAUUUAUUCAAAGUGGUACUCUUCGCACCCAUCUGAAAACACAUUUUGGGGAGAAAUCACAUAAAUGUGACAUUUGCGAUACAUCAUUCGUUGUGAGAGGAAAUCUCCUGAGACAUAUGAAAUGUCAUGAUCGUACCGAGAGAGAUAAACCUUAUAAAUGUGAUAUUUGUGGGAAAUCUUUCAUCUUUGAUUGUUAUUUAAAUGAACACAUGAAAACUCAUACUGACCAUAAACCAUAUAAAUGUGAUGUUUGUGGUAAAUCUUUUUCUAUAAACCGCUACCUUCAAACACACGUUAAGAUACAUUCUAGUGAUAAACUUUUUAAAUGCGAUGUUUGUAGUAAACUAUUUAAAUCUAACCGUAGCCUACAGAAACAUAUAAUUACAUCACAUACGGAAGACAAACACCUUUAAAGCAAUCUGAU